AUGCGUGAUUCUAACUACAGAGCCAUUUCAAGCAAUAAAGCAGCAGUCACAAUAACAACAAGUCUUUAUGAUAGACGAGCGUUGGAUGUUACAUCAGAUAAACCUUUAGUCAAUUCGUUGAACUAUCUCACAUAUUUGGUUAGCUCCUCGGCGAAAGUUCGCGAGACACUUUCUGUCGAUGGGGGAAUUGAGAGGUUAAUCGAAAUAUUGCAUGAGUGUCAUAACUGUAGGCGAUUCAUCAAUGAAAAUGGAGAUAAACAGGUGUUGAUUGCUUGGAAAUGGACGCUAGCUUUCCAAUGUUUAGUACUUGUUGGAACUCGAGGCACUGAGAAAAUUAGACAAAAAGUGGUGAGAGCAGGUAUCUUGCCCAUUAUUGCAACUGUAUUGGAUAAUUACUUGACAUUACACGAGCAAGUGUUCUUGCAUACGACUACUACUACUACUCUGCAGCAACAGCAGCAGCAACAGCCAGAUCGACUGCACGAUACGUUUUCGGAACCUAUCCAACCAUUGAACAUUCAAAGUGAGCGCCGGUUUCAGACCAAUUUUGACCCAGAAGAGCCAGAUGGCUUCACAAUAAAUCCGUCGGUAUUGCGAGAUGAUGCAAACAGAGAGGAUAUGCCCAACACUACCUUUGUGCCCAUACCGAAUAGUCUAUAUUAUGAUCAGUUUCUGACUACAGCGGCUGCAUUUGAGUCCACAUCAAUCACAAAUAUUUCAACUGAUAAUCUUGUUUCUGGAGGUAUUACUUUAGAUAAUAUCAGCCAUGAGGAUGUUGAACACUCGAGUCUCGAGCAUUUGUUUCGACUUCUUCGAGCCUCCUCAUUUGCUGACAAUCAUGGAGAUGACAGUAUCAAUAACAAGAAGUUUGUGCAUAGCUUGCCGAUUUAUUCAGAAGUGAAACGAAACUUUAUCGUUUUGAAUAUUUUGGGCAGACUUCGGGAGACGAGGGAAGCUGAUGUGCUUGAAGAAGGAUUUAUCCAUGAUUGUGAAUUCGAUAUGGAUAGCAACCUCCACUUUUUGUCAGAGUUGUAUACGCGCGAUAUGAGUAUCAACAAUAGCGCAGGACCCAAAACAGCAGUGCGAUCAUUUACAAAAACAGGAGUUGUUAUACCAAAGGACGAUGAUAUCGUGUGGUCUUUACAGCUAUUAGCAUACAUUUCAAAGUAUCCAUACCUCAAAGAGGUUUUGCAAAACACGCAUUUGGUUUUGGAUAUGAGUAUACGUGAUAAGCAAUUGAAGAUGUAUUUGGAGAACCAAAUCCGCUUAAAGGUCAAAAAGUCUCUUAGCAUACACCCAAGGCCAACCAUCAGGCCAAAAUCAAGGAAACAAAGGAUCGCUUGCUUGAAAAAGUUUAAUCCAAGCGCAUCAAACUCGCCUCAAAUGAUGACUCCUUUGAAUGACGAUAGAUUGAUCCUCAAUGAUGAUAAAUUUUCAUUGUGUGACACGCGGUACGAAGACAGCGAAGCAAUAUGUCCUGUUCAAUUUGGUGGAAACGCAGAAGAAGAAGAAGAAGAAAAAGAAGGUGUGGAAGAGGAGAUUGAGAAUGACGAAGAUGACAAUGACGAGGAUGCGUGUAAUGUUAAAAGCAAUUCUGAGGAAGACUCGGAGGAGGUCUUUUCCGACUCGAGCGAAGGCACGUUCAGGGGUUCCACUGAUCGGGUUAAUGUUAUGUCAGAGUUAUUUGAAAAAGUUGUGGCUUGUGAGUCAUUGAAUAAUGGCUUUCUACGCAAAAUCAAACUCUAUCAGUUAAACGAAAAGUUGAAUCGGCUAGUUGAUGAAGAAAGCCAGAAAUUGUCAAUUUCAAUCGUUGAGCAACGAGAAAAGACAAAGAACUAUCUCGAGCGCAAGUGGGAUUAUGAAGAGUACAAAUACUUUGAUAUCGAUGAAUAUGACGAAGACAAGGAUGAAUCGUUAAGAGAAUACAAGAGAAUCAAUUUGUUUCCACUUGUUGAAAAGUUUACCUUUUUAUCCGGUACUGAUAUGUACUAUUGGUCAGGGGUUAUCAUGAGGAACUCUUGCCGUCGCAACGAUCUCAAGGGAGGUGUUCGUCAAUGUGGAAAUUUGGAUUGUGGAAAGUGGGAAAAGUAUCCACGUGAAUUUUCCAAAUGCCGCCGAUGUAAACGAACAAAGUAUUGUUCUCGUGAUUGCCAAAUGAAAGCAUGGCACUGCCAUCGCAACUGGUGCAUUCCUAGCUCUUCAAGUAGUAGCGCUAGUAACCAGACAUCAACUUCAGCAACAGCUCAUCAAAAUACUCAAGAUGAUCCAACAGCUGCUGGACGAAUGAAUACACUAUCUGAUGAUCCAGGAAGUCAAGAAGCUGGAAGCGAGGGAGCCAAUGAUGAUGGGUAG